CUCAGUUGUGAUGUGGGUACGGUGCUAGACGUUUGGCCACGUGCGUACGCCGCGUGUGUUCUGUUGUGUUUAUAUUUUGCUCCGUUACUGCAUUUGUCAUCAGACCGUGAUUAAGAGAGCUGCUGCCCCCUGUCUCUAUUACAAUACAACACGGGUUUCGAAUGUAACGAACGGGGCCGCGUCACUUAACAUCACUCCACCUAAUUCUUGAUCAAAGUUCGGAGGUGAUAAAGAAGUCUCGACGGCAGGCCUUGGUGUUGCAACUGUUUAGCUGUAGCAUAACACCUGAAGCGUAAUCCGCAGCCAUGGGGGCAAUGUUCCGCAGCGAGGAGAUGGCCUUGUGCCAGCUCUUUAUCCAGCCAGAAGCCGCCUACCCUUCCGUCUCUGAGCUCGGCGAACUGGGCAUUGCACAGUUCCGCGACCUCAACAAUGACGUAAAUGCCUUUCAGCGCAAAUUCGUGAAUGAGGUGCGCCGCUGCGACGAACUGGAACGCAAAUUACGAUACAUUGAGGCUGAAAUCGUCAAAGAUGGAGUAUCUGUCCCAGAAAUUGAUGAAAUACCCAAGGCACCGAACCCCAGGGAGAUCAUUGACCUUGAGGCAAAUCUGGAGAAGACAGAGAAUGAAAUAAUGGAGCUGAGUCAGAAUGCAGUAAACCUAAAGCUAAACUUUUUGGAGUUGACAGAGAUGCGACAUGUGCUGGAGAAGACAGAGGGCUUCUUCACAGAACAGGAGGGCGUUGGAGCUUCUGACUCACUGACCAGGGCUCUCAUCCAGGAGGAGAGCUCCACACAAGCUGGAGCGAGUGCAUCAGCCAGGGGGAGACUAGGGUUUGUUGCUGGAGUUGUGCCAAGAGAAAGGGUCCCAGCAUUUGAAAGAAUGCUCUGGAGGAUAUCACGUGGCAAUGUAUUUUUGCGUCAAGUUGGGCUGGAUCAACCUCUAGAUGAACCAAAUACAGGCAACUCUGUAUAUAAAACAGUUUUUGUGGCCUUUUUCCAAGGUGAGGAACUGAAGUCUCGAGUAAAGAAGGUGUGUGCUGGUUUCCAUGCAUCUCUGUACCCCUGUCCAAGUGUCGCAGGUGAGCGUGCAGACAUGCUGGCUGGUGUUCGCACACGCCUUCAGGAUCUCACACUGGUUCUGAACCAGACCCAGGAUCACAGGCAACGAGUGUUAGUAGGUGUGGCUCGAGAAUUAAACAACUGGAUGGUAAUGGUACGCAAGAUGAAAGCUAUCUACCAUACUCUGAAUAGUUUCAAUAUGGAUGUAACAAACAAGUGUCUUAUUGCGGAGUGCUGGGUACCUGUGAGUGACCUCCCGAAGCUGAGAAAAGCACUUCAAGAUGGUUCAAAAGCAUGUGGCAGUUCAAUUCCAUCUUUCCUCAAUGCAAUUGAAACACCAGAAACGCCACCAACAUUCAACAGAACAAAUAAAUUCACCGCAGGUUUCCAGAACCUAAUUGAUGCAUAUGGAGCAAUAAGUUACCAGGAGCUUAACCCAGCUUUAUACACAAUCAUCACUUUUCCAUUCCUGUUUGCCAUAAUGUUUGGUGAUGCUGGACAUGGCCUUAUCAUGUUUGCGUUUGGACUGUACAUGGUUUUAACAGAGAAGAAACAUAUGAAACAGAAGAGUACUAGUGAGAUCUGGAACAUCUUUUUUGCUGGUCGUUACAUCAUACUUCUAAUGGGUACAUUUUCAAUGUACACUGGGUUAAUCUACAAUGAUUUCUUCUCCAAAUCAGUUAAUAUUUUUGGUAGUAAUUGGAAUGUGUCUUAUGAUGAAUCAACUCUCAGAGCAAAUCAUGAGCUUCAGCUAAGUCCCAGAAAUGAUUAUGGUGAUUCGAUAUACCCACUAGGAAUGGAUCCUGCUUGGCAGCUGGCUGAAGCAAACAAGAUCAUGUACCUGAACUCAUAUAAAAUGAAGUUAUCUAUAAUAUUUGGAGUUCUUCACAUGAUAUUUGGAGUGUGCCUUAGUGUAGUGAAUCAUGUGCAUUUUCGGAAGCGAAUCAAUAUUAUCUUGGAAUUUCUACCUCAAGUUCUCUUCCUCGUUCUGUUAUUUGGAUACCUGGUCUCUCUCAUGUUUGUGAAGUGGGUUGUAUACAGUGCAAAGAAUGAGCUGCUGACAAGUGAGCACUGUGCACCAAAUGUGCUUAUCACAUUUAUCAAUAUGCUGCUUUUCAAGCAAGCAGAACCAUUAUGCAAUAGUGAGGGCAAAGAUUGCUGCAACAUAUAUAUCUUUGAGGGUCAAGGAACAGUGCAGCAAAUUAUGGUGUUUGUUGCACUUCUUUGUGUCCCAUGGUUGUUACUGGCGAAACCACUAUACAUUAUGUGUUCUCGUAAGAAAAGCAGACAGCAGGUGUCAGCAUCUGAGAAUGGUGAUGUAAAUCAAGGCAUUGAACUGCGUCAGGAAAAUGAGGAGGUUGGGGCAGUUACUCCAGCAGAUGGGCAUGAUGGCCAUGGAGAAGAUGAUAUGACUGAAAUUUUCAUUUACCAGUCCAUACAUACUAUAGAGUAUAUUCUCAGCACUAUCUCUCACACAGCUUCAUAUCUGCGACUAUGGGCUCUGUCACUUGCACAUUCUCAACUUUCUGAAGUGCUGUGGACAAUGGUCCUGCGGAUGGGACUGACAGCAGAAGGCUAUACCGGUGCAAUUAUUCUAUACAUUAUGUUCCUAGCUUGGUCUUUCCUCACUGUUGCCAUUUUGGUUUUGAUGGAGGGUCUUUCAGCAUUUCUUCACACACUAAGGCUCCAUUGGGUGGAAUUCAUGAGCAAGUUUUAUUCUGGUGCUGGACACCUUUUUGCUCCAUUUUCAUUCAAAAAUAUUUUAGAGCAAGAUGAUAAUGAACAGUAGUGUUUACUAUGAUAUAGAAAUGAUAUUGUACAUAGUGUUAGAUAUGUGUAAAAUAUGUAUUUAUUAAGAACCAUGUAAUAUAGUAAUUAAGUACGAAAACAGAUGAUACUGGGAUGGGUAGUGAGAAAGUUGCUUUGAUUUCUAAAAUAUAAGACAUGGUAAUUGACAUACUGUACAACAACAAGAAAAAUUAAUAAAUUUUAACAUCAGUGUUCUUAGCUGAAAGAGAGUUUAAGGAAGGUAUACACAAAAAAAGCAAAGAACACAUCACUGAUAGUUAUUAUUUGCAUUUCCAAUUUGAAAGCUGAUGUUCUGAUUGUUUUUCAGCCCCACACAAUGUAUUUAUUUACUUAGUUUAUAAAAUUCAUCUCCUUCACAUACAGUAAUUUUACAAGUAUUUCCUUCACAUACUUUUACUCAUCCUCCCAAAAGUUUGACGAGUCUGUCCUAAUAAAUUCAUGCUGCUGCCUAGAAUUGGUUUUCAUAUCCUUUACGUGAUGUUUCAUAUUAAGCUCAUCUAACCUUGCAGGCUCUUUCAUAAAUCUGUUCUUCUGAGAGAUACAGUAAAUAUAUGUUUUACAUUAGUGCAAGUUGUGUUUUAUUUUGACAUGGAUUUAAAUGAAUUUUGAAAAUCUAAAAGUAGUUUUUAUUUCUUUUAUUAAAAUAUAUAUGCAGUCCCAUUGGGAUUCUAUAAGACUGUUAUACAUUUCUGCUGUCAUGUGCUAUAUUAAUCAUCUUAGCAAAGUGUUACACUUCAAGAGAUAAUUCCCAGAUUUUCACAUUGGAUAUAUUUAUAUACAAAAUGGAUUUUAGGAAUGAAUCUCACUGUUCUACAGAACAGAAGACAAAUGGAAAUAGAUUGAAAUGAUAAUGCUGUUUUAAUAGAAGUAUGAGAUUCAUUUUAUGAUAGGAGUAAUUCAUAUCCUGUAUUGGGGAAUAUUUGUAAAUAAUAUUCUCAUUUUUAAGUGACAAAAAUAUUAUUGGUCUAUGUAAAUAUAUAUUUUAUUGGUUAUGUGCAGAUAUUAUUCACUCAUAAGAAAAAUGAUGUGAUUAAAAAUGCUGUAUGAAUAUUUAAACAGUUUUUUAUACUGAAAAGAUGAAAAAAAAGCAGUUAGCAGUAUUACUUGGCAACAAAUUCCAAUAAAAUCUGCUUGUAUACAUACUAGAAGUAGUUACUAAGGAGAAUUGAAAAUUACAAUAUGGCAACUAUUAUAAGAUUUCCCAAGCGUCUUUUGCAAAAUAUGGAAAGAAACUGCAGCAGUCCAAUCCAUUGUAAGAAGUGAACAGGUUCAUGAAUUAUUUUCUUAUUGUUCUGGUAAUGUGUAACAGUCCUAGAUUAACAUGAGAUUUUAACAGCGACUUGUUUGAUAAACAAUGUAUUUUUUGUUUCAAAUGUUGAAUUCUUCAUAGCAUGUUAACUCUAUUGUCUCUGACAUUGCAUGAGCCCCAAGUAUUGUCCAAUUAUGCAGAUACUUCCAUACCAUAGUAUUUUAUAUUCUUUUAACAUCACAUCAGAGAUGGUUAUUUGAGAGAUGCUUCUGUUUCCACUUUAGUCAUACUGUCUCUUUGUUGGACAAAUUUUGCCCUUGCUGCUAUCUAAGUUGCCUGUUUCUUUAAAUGUUUAUUGUGUUUGCAAAGUAUUACUGAGUACAGUACAGUAUUGUUAACAUUUGAAAGACAUAAAACCUGCAGUGGUUUGCCAUAAGUAAUGCCAUUCACUAUGUGUGUGUGUGUGUGUGUGUGUGUGUGUGUGUGUGUGUGUGUGUGUGUGUAAAGUUGUGAGAAAGAGGAAGGAGAUAAUGUUGUAAAGAUGUAUUAAUUUUCAUCAAAUAUUUUCUAUGUGUAUGUAUUUUCAUAAAAAUACGACAGAAGCUAUUAUGUUUUAAAGUUAACUAAAUCGCAAUAUAAAAAAAUAGGAAAAUAAAUAUUGUGAUGAAUGAUCAUUUUGCUUAGGAGUUGUGGUUUUUGGAAAUUGUAGACAACUUAGUGAAGGUCACAAAUGUGCAA